AGAAUCACACUAAAGGAGAUCAAAAACCAUCCAUGGUUUUUGAAGAGCUUGCCAAAAGAACUCACAGAACCAGCCCAAGCAGUAUACUACAAAAGAGACAAUCCAACAUUCUCCCUUCAGACCAUUGAAGAAAUCAUGAAAAUUGUAUCAGAGGCUAGAAAUCCACCACCAUCAUCAAGAUCUGUUACAGGCUUUGGCUGGGGAACAGAAGAAGAAGAAGAUGGAGACACGACCAAAGAAGAUCAAGAAGAAGAAGAGGCAGAGGAAGAAGAAGAUGAUGAGUAUGAAAAACAAGUUAAGCAAGUUCAUGCUAGUGGAGAGUUUCAUAUCACACAAGAAGCUACUUAAAUUUUUCAGUAUAGUGUAAUUUUGAUGUGUAUUGUGGAACUAAUAACAAUACUUGGCAACAUAACUCUAUUUCUCUAAAUCAGCAAAUUUCAAGUAUACUAAAUUGUGUUUUCUUGGUAUUUUACUUAUAUUUGGCUUGUGAGCAUUAGCUUAUAUAUGUUAACUAAUAAAAAAGAGUAUUAGCUUAUA